GGUAACCAUAGACACGAACAUUUGUGCGACUUUCUGCUUCCGCCAAACCGAGCGUCCAAAUGCUAAAUUUUUACAAUUAAAUUGACUUGUACUAUACGCAAUAUUAUUUGGAAUUAGCACACCGUUUGAUUGUUUCCCGCAUAUUAUACAUUUUCUGCCUUAAAAGUCUAGUUUUCUUAGCUGUAUUACGGUAACGUGAAGGAGGCGUGCUCUCAAUGGGAACGUACCACUGUACCAACAAACCGGGAAGGAUUUUGUUGUGACAGCCGAGUAUAAACCCGGCGGGGGUGAAGGCCAUAACUUAAAGUUUUUUCCCCUCUUGGAUCAGCCAUGGCUUUCAGCAAAGGUUAUCGCAUCUACCACAAGCUGGAUCCCCCUCCUUACAGUGUCAUAGUGGAAACCAGGUCGAGGGAUGAAUGCCUGAUGUUUGAAUCGGGGGCUGUUGCUGUUCUAUCGGCUGCAGAGAAGGAGGCCAUUAAAAGUACAUACACAAAGAUUGUUGAUGCCUAUGGGAUUCUUGGUGUACUUCGUCUUAACCUGGGUGACUCCAUGCUGCACAGUCUUGUGGUUGUGACGGGAUGCAGUUCUGCUGGCAAGGUGCAGGAUUCAGAGGUUUUUAGGGUCACACAGACAGAUUUUAUAUCACUGAGGAACGAUCCAGGGGAUGAGGACAGAAUCUCAGAGGUCCGUAAGCUCCUAAACUCAGGUCACUUCUACUUUGCCUGGUCUUCCACUGGCGUCAGCCUGGACUUGAGUCUCAACGCACAUCGCAGGAUUCUAGAAGAUACCACAGAUAACCGCUUCUUUUGGAACCAGUCUUUGCAUCUGCACCUUAAACACUAUGGAGUUAAUUGUGAGGACUGGCUGCUGAGGCUGAUGUGUGGCAGCGUGGAGAUCAGGACCAUUUAUGCGGGGCAUAAACAAGCCAAGGCCUGCAUCUUCUCUCGCCUCAGCUCAGAGCGAGCUGGCACUCGGUUUAAUGUUCGAGGAGCAAAUGAUGACGGGCAAGUGGCCAACUUUGUGGAAACGGAACAGGUUAUUUUCCUUGAAGACAGAGUAUCAUCCUUCAUACAGAUCCGUGGGUCCAUUCCACUUUUCUGGGAACAACCAGGAAUACAGGUUGGUUCUCAUCGUGUGAAACUCUCAAGGGGAUUUGAAGCUAACGCCCCGGCUUUUGAAAGACACUUUGCUGCCCUGCGUAGGUUGUAUGGAAAACAGGUGAUCAUUAACCUUCUGGGAGGGAAGGAAGGGGAGCACAUGCUCAGCAAGGCUUUUCAGAGUCACCUGAAGGCGUCGGAACAUGCAGCCUCUGUGAAAAUGAUCAACUUUGACUACCAUCAAAAUGUGAGGGGUGGCAAAGCAGACAAACUCCACAGCGUUUUGAAGCCUCUGCUCAAUAAGUUCAUUGAGGACUGUGGCUUCUUUUAUUACUCUGGGGAAACUGGCAUUGUAAGGACUCAGGGAGGAACCAUGAGGACCAACUGCCUGGACUGUUUGGAUAGAACUAACAGUGUUCAAGCCUUUUUUGGCCUGGAGAUGUUGACCAAACAGUUAGAACAAAUGGGCCUGACAGAGAAACCCCAGCUGGUGGCCAGGUUCCAGGAGGUUUUCAGAACCAUGUGGUCUGUGAACGGGGACUCCAUCAGUAAGAUCUAUGCAGGCACUGGUGCUCUGGAUGGGAAAGCCAAGGCGGGAAAGCUUAAAGAUGGCGCGCGCUCCGUCACACGGACCAUCCAAAACAACUUCUUUGACACCUCCAAGCAGGAAGCCAUCGAUAUCUUAAGACUGGGCUCCACACUGAACAGUGAUCUGGCAGACAAAGCUCGUGCUUUGCUCACCACUUCCAGUCUUUAUGUCACUGAGCCUGUCUUACAAUCAGCCUCUCCAAGAGUGUUGCUGGGAAUGUGUCAAAGCUACCACAAAUACACGCGGCCGAAGCAGAUCCGCGUGUGCGUCGGCACCUGGAAUGUGAACGGGGGCAAACAGUUCCGCAGCAUAGCUUUCCGCAACCAAACACUCAACGACUGGCUCUUGGAUGCUCCGAUGAAGGCCGGGCAUCCUGAGUUCCAGGACAGCAAAGCAAACCCCAUAGAUAUCUUUGCCAUCGGAUUUGAGGAAAUGGUUGAACUGAAUGCUGGGAACAUUGUCAGUGCAAGCACCACUAACCAAAAACUCUGGGCAGCAGAGCUUCAAAAAAACAUUUCCAGGGACCACAAGUAUGUGCUGCUGGCAUCAGAGCAGCUUGUAGGAGUGUGUCUGUUUGUUUUCAUCCGCCCUCAGCACGCUCCGUUCAUCAGAGACGUAGCUGUAGACACAGUGAAAACUGGAAUGGGCGGGGCCACAGGUAACAAAGGAGGCGUGGCCAUCCGUCUGCUGUUCCACACCACCAGCAUCUGCUUUGUGUGCUCCCACUUUGCCGCCGGCCAAUCCCAGGUCAAAGAGAGGAAUGAUGACUACAACGAGAUCACGCGCAGACUCAGUUUCCCCAUGGGUCGUCUGCUCUACUCACAUGAUUACGUGUUCUGGUGUGGAGACUUCAACUACCGAAUCAACCUGCCCAACGAGGAAGUGAAGGAGCUCAUCCGACAGCAGAAUUGGGAUGCUUUGACAGCUGGGGAUCAGCUGGUGGAACAGAAAAAUGCCGGAGCGAUCUUCAGGGGGUUCAUUGAGGGAAAAUUGGAUUUUGCCCCCACCUACAAAUACGACCUCUUCUCAGAAGAUUAUGACACCAGUGAGAAGUGCCGCACGCCGGCGUGGACGGACCGCAUCCUUUGGAAGAGGAGAAAGUGGAACUUCAACAAAACGGCAGAGGAGAUGAAUGUUGUUGGAGCGUCAUCUACUGCUGCGGAGAAUGAGGAGGAUCCGGAAUAUGCAUGGAGCCCUGGUGUUUUACAGUACUAUGGGAGAGCUGAGCUAAAGACCUCAGACCACAGGCCUGUUGUGGCAGUAAUAGAUGUGGAUAUCCUGGAAGUGGACCCAGAAUCUCGGCACCAGGUCUACAAAGAUGUCAUUGGCAAGCAGGGGCCUCCAGAUGGCACCAUCCUGGUGUCGCUCUGCUCCUCUGGGCCCGAUGAUUACUUCAGCGAUGACCUAAUUGAUGAGCUACUGGAUAAAUUUUCCAGUUUUGGAGAUGUCAUCCUCAUCAGAUUCGUUGAGGAAAAGAUGUGGGUGACUUUCCUGGAAGGUUAUUCUGCUUUGGCAGCUCUUUCACUGAGUGCUUCCACUGUUCUUGGGAAGGUGGUUGACAUCCGCCUCAGAAGCCCGGGCUGGAUCAAGAGUCUGGAGGAGGAGAUGAGUGUGGAAAGGAUCUUCGGAAGCAUUCCCACAUCAGCCAGCUCCACUCUGCUCGCCGAAGACGCCGACGUGGAUGAGGAUGAAUUUGACAUGGAGGGUGAAGUGGAUGAGGAAGUGGAGGAGAUUCUUCCACAGCACCUGCAGCCCGGAGCCGGUUCUGGUCCCGGUUCCUCUCCCCUCCCCUCCCCCCGCAGCAGUCCCUGUCCCUCCCCCACCCACGGUGAACCCACCGCACCCAGCAGGCCCAGCCGUUCCCAGCAACCCUCCCGACCAUCACAAGAAAUGGAAAUAAGUCCUUUGUCUCUGAGAUUGGAGUUUCCAGGACCCCCUGUUGACUUUCAGCCUGGAGCGCCCCCAUCUGGAGGCCUGGAGCCCAAGCGCCCACCACCCCCUCGACCCACUCCCCCUCCUGCUAGACCCGCUCCACCUCAGCGGCCCCCACCACCAUCAGGAGCAAAAAGCCCCGCUCUUCCUCGACCAGACCCUCGUGCAGGUCGUGGACAAGCUGCUGCUGGAGCUCCAGGACCUGGAGGAGCUCCCAGACCUAAUAUUCCCCCUAGAGCCGGAGUGAUUAGCAUGCCCCCUCAGUCUCGCCCCCCGCCUCCCGCUCACCCCGGGGCGCCGCGGCCCAUCCCGGAGGUGCAUCCAGGCGCCCCUCGGCCGGUUCCAGACACCCAUCCUGGAGCCCCACGCCCUGUUCCCAGCGCCCAUGCCAAACCACCAGACCUUCCUUUGGGUCCUCCUCCAUCAGGACCUCCUCCUGCAGCCCCCUUCGCUUUAAAACCCCAGACUCAGUCCCCCCCACAGCCUCAGCCGCCCUCAUCUUCUGCUCCGUCACAACUCCCACCACCCAUGCAGCCCACACUUCCAGCUCCUCUGCAGCCACAGCAGGCCGGAGCUCCUCCAGCAGCAGCAGCAGCAGCUCCCUCCGGCACCCCCGCUGGGCCUCAGCAGGGCCUGGCCUCUCCCAAACCUCCGCCCCGUUCCCGCUCCUCUCACGCUCUGCCACCUGAUGCUGCCAAACCCGAGAGCGCCCCAACUGCACAGACAAACGGAUUGAAUGGAAUCCAAAGAGAAGCACAAUGGAGGCCCAACCCUUUUGACAAGCUCGCAUUAGACUUCCACUCCGCCCCUUCCUGGCACAGCACCCAGUCACUGAGCAGAGGCUCCUCCCUCCACGCUCCCCCCUCCGUCCCUCCAUCGGUGUUUUCCUCCACAACGCUGCCGUCCUCCUUCUCCCACCAGUCCUCUGCUCUGUUGGACCUCCAAGCUUUGGAGUCCUCCUCCUCUUCCUCGCUCUCCACCCCGUCGCCGUUUGCCUCUUCCUUACUCCCGCCCCCUCCGGUGCCGUCCCGCAGCAGGUCGCAGGAGAUGCUGCGCUCCUCCCCGAACGCUUUCGUGACUGACCCCCUGCCGGCCCGACCCAGCAGCACCAAUCCUUUCACCGGACCGCUGACUCAGCAGCAGCAGCACCGUCGCCCGCUCACCCCCGACUUCAACUUCCAACUUCAAGCAAGCCUUCAGAAAAGCUCGUCUGCUGUCGCUCCGCUGCUCGUCCCGACCCCCGCACCAACCGCCCAGCUCCACAGGACCACGUCCCUGUUUGGACCACCAUCGAAUCAAAGUGCCCGGCUUCCCGAAUCAGCAUCUGCCCCUGUUUUGCCUCUGGCUCCCCCUUCGUCCCUUCCACCUACCUUUGCCCUUCAGCCCCAGCCAGCUCCUUUAGGACCGAUGCCCAAAAGGCAGUGGGUGACUUUUGACGACGAAUUGGAUUUUUCCUCCCGAGCUCAAACACAAAACCCCGUCUUCCCAUCUACUUCCAUCGGGUCCCAACCCUCUCGCUCCGUGUUUGCCUCAGAACCCGACUGGUUAUCCUCUGCCUCCCUGACAUCCCAAAAGCAGCUCCAACCUUCUAGUUCUGUUUUUGUCUCAGAACCCGACUGGUUAUCCUCUGCCCCUCUGGUACCAAAACAGCAGAACCAACCGCCUCGCUCCGUCUUUGACUCAGAACCCGAGUGGUUAUCCUCCGCCCCCGCCUCCCUGGUGUCUAAACAGCAGAACCAACCUUCCCGUUCUGCCACCGUCUCCGAGCCUGACUGGCUAUCUUCUUCCUCCAACUAGAACUGUAAAUCCAGACUCCCACAGGAACACAGUAGCUGCUGCUUCUUUAGGGAGUCCACAGAAAGAAAAUAUCCCCCUUUAUUGUAAGGGCCAUAUUACAGAUAUGUAUAGAUCUAUGAUAAAAGCGUUACUGCGUGCGUGUGUUUGCGUGUAUGAGCGGAAAGGACUGUAUUUUAAAAGGCAUAUAUAUCAUCAACCCCCACAGAAAUGGAUUCCAUCUUGGGGCGGAACCAUCCGGCGUCACAACAGCUACGUUCCCUUCAUCGCUCCGAUUUCCUCUCAUUUUAAAGACGCUUUACGUGUAUUUAUUGCAGCGAAUAUGUGCCUGUGUUUACAGUGUGUUCUAUCAGUAUAUCUAAAAAUCACACGUGCAAUAUGGAGACAUCAGCUUUUGCAGAAGCUUCUAUAUGUGAUGACUCAAAGCCAUCCAACACUGAAUCAUCUCCUCAUCAGAGAUGAAUCUUUAAGGUUGUAUUGACAUUUUUAUCUUUCUUUUGAUGGUUUGUUGAACAUUUGUUCUGUUUGCACUCUUACGUUGUUACAAAGUUUUUUUUUUUAAUCUAAGCCGCCGCAGGACUGAUUUUCUGUAAUAUCAUCCGGCAGUAUUUUCGGGGUCCAUAUCUGGGAUUAUAUUUGGCAUUUAAAGUAUAGUUUCGACAUGUAAAUACUUGCUGGAGUACGUACGACGUAACCGAUAUGCACUGACGCGCUGCGUGCACUGUCCCGUUUGCAGAGCUGACGGAAUAGCCGAAACAUCCCACCAAUCGUACAAUCGUUAAAGCAUGUGUGUGCGACUGUGUGUGUGUUUGUGCAGUCAAGUGAUGGCGGGACAUGACAGUAUGUCGCGCAAAAUAAAGAGGGCACUUUUGAUUUUACUUUUACAAAACCCUUAUCAUUUCUAGUUUACAGAUGCUAUAAAUACGAUCUAAUUGUCA